CUUUGAAGUUCCUCAUCGUUUAAGGAUCCUGUAUAUUCUCAAGUAUCAAGAAGUUUGAAUACAAAGAGACAAUGAUAGUUUCUUUCUACGUGAUGACAUCUGAUUUUUAUCUAGGGUUCAAUUUGGAUCCUCUAAAGGGGAGGUUAAAAAAAAUAAAACAAAGAGAAAGUGGAAAAUUUUGAAAGUGAAGGUACAAAAGCAAAAGCAAAAAAAUAUAUACUUACAAACUUUACGAAUACAUUAGUUAUUUUCAAACCGUAGCAACGUUAAUAAAAAAUUCGAAAAGUAUUAUUGUACUUUUAUUAAUUCUUUAAAAAAAAGUUAGGAAUCUAAAUAAUUUAUACCCAAGUUGAGAACUAAUUAAAGUGUACAAAAUUUAUAUGAUAAUUUUAUAAUCAUCAGAAAUUGGGAUGCAAACAGGGAAAUAGUCUUUUAUUCUCCACUUGUAUUUAACAAAUAUAAAGCUUUAAUUAACUAUACAAAAGAAAAAAAUACUUUUAGAAUUUAACAAGUAAUUUUUUUGUCCGCUUGUAAUUAUUUAAACUUCAACGUCCGGAUCCAUUUUAAUAGUUUCAUACCCCUCCCAUCUCGCUGGCGCAUAAUUCCCUCCGCCGCCCAAUUCACCGAAUCCUUAAAACCCUCGUCUCUAUUUUUACCCCCAAAAUCUCUCUCUCUCUCUCUCUCUCUCUCGAUCCCAAAUUCUCUGUUGCCCUAAUUUUGUAGGUUUUCACUGAAAAAUCAUCAAGGGAGAGAAAUCCCGGGCGAAUUGGAGCUGUGGAUGCGGAGCGAUGGCGGAACCCGUGCCCGCCCCGGUGAAGGAGAGCAGGGCUUGGAGGUUCGCGUUUGCGGUGGCCGGAAUCAUGUCGACCCUCGUCAUCUACGGCGUUCUUCAGGAAAAGAUUAUGAGAGUUCCGUAUGGGAAAAAUAAAGAAUACUUUAGAUAUUCAUUAUUUCUUGUUUUCUGUAAUCGCAUAGCAACUUCUGCAGUAUCUGCGGGCUCCUUACUGGCUAGUAAGAAGGCUUUGGAUCCAGUGGCUCCAAUUUAUAAGUAUUGUGCUAUAUCAAUAUCUAACAUACUUACGACUACAUGCCAAUAUGAGGCCCUGAAAUAUGUUAGCUUUCCAGUACAGACACUUGCAAAAUGUGCAAAAAUGAUACCUGUGAUGAUUUGGGGUACAGUUAUAAUGCAAAAGAAAUACAAUGGGAAAGACUAUCUAUUUGCUUUACUAGUGACAUUAGGUUGUUCAUUCUUCAUAUUAUAUCCGGCAUCAGAUAUUAGCCCACACCAUACAGGAAGAGAAAGCACUUUUUUGGGUGUCUCCCUCAUGAUCGGUUAUCUUGGGUUUGAUGGUUUUACAAGCACUUUCCAGGACAAACUUUUUAAGGGUUAUGAUAUGGAAAUCCAUAAUCAAAUAUUUUACACAACAAUGUGUUCAUGCGUUCUCAGUUUGAGUGGACUUGUUCUGCAGGGUCAUCUUGUUUCAGCAAUAGAAUUCAUGUUUCGCCAUCACGACUGCUUCUAUGAUGUUAUUUUACUAUCCAGUGUAGCAACCGCUAGUCAGUUCUUCAUCUCCUACACAAUCCGAACUUUUGGAGCUUUAACAUUUGCCACCAUAAUGACAACGAGACAGUUGCUGAGCAUCUUGCUAUCAUGUGUGUGGUUUGGUCAUCCCCUUAGCUGGGAACAAUAUGUUGGAGCUGCCAUUGUAUUUGGCACUCUUUACGCCAAAACCCUGUUGAAAGCUAAAGAACAGAAGCCAGUAGUACCAUCUGAUCCCGAAGAGGGCAUCGCUCUUACUUCAGAGAACAAGUCGUAGAAUUUUCUAAUUGUGUUUUUGUAGAGCUAAUAAGCUGUAGAGUGCUAAAUUAUUGACAUCGACGCAGCUAAGAGCUCGUCGAAUUUUUAGUGGAUAAGGAAAGGGAGAACGACGAGUGAUGAAGGAAGAGGUGGAGAAUGAGUGAGGGAGAAUUGGGUUUUUCUUUUCCCUCCUUUUUUUUAAUCAAAGGAUGAUGUAGUAUAAAGACUGAUUAUUUAUUUGCUCUUGGAAAAAGCAAGUGUUCCUAGAGUUUGUUUUA